AUGAGUGUCUCCGACUCCCCUGUCAAGGGUCCCGAUGUGUCCCUCUAUCCUUACUCGCCGGGCGAAGACGCCCCCCUGCCCAAAGACGGGGACCGGACCGCCCGCAUCGUCGACGAUGAGGAGGCCCAGAACCUAAGCCGGGGUCUGCAGGAGCGCCAUACCCAGAUGAUCGCCAUCGCGGGCGCCAUCGGAACGGGUCUGUUCCUGGGUCUGGGCAGUUCCCUCCAGACAGGCGGUCCGCUGGGUGCUCUGCUGGGCUACGCCCUCGUCGGACUAGUCGUGUGCGCCAUCCAAAUCGCCCUGGGCGAGGUCUCGGCCCUCAUGCCUGUCACGGGCUCGUUCGUCCGUCAUGUCGAGAUCCUGGUCGACCCGGCGCUGGGCUUCGCCAUCGGCUGGAACGUGGUGUACGGGUGCUUUAUGUCGGUGCCGAGUGAGAUCGCCGCGGCGGUGGUGCUCAUCCAGUACUGGACGGACCUGAAUGCGGCGAUCUGGGUGACGAUCCUGAUCGUCAUUUCCGCGGUCGUCGCGCUGCUGUUCAUCCGGGUGUACGGAGAGCUCGAGUUCGGGUUCGCCAUCCUGAAGAUCCUCCUCAUCAUCGGCAUCAUCCUGAUGGGUCUCGUGAUCGAUCUUGGUGGCGUCUCCGGCACGCCCCGGCUCGGGUUCCACUACUGGAAAGACCCCGGACCGAUGGUCGAGUACAUCGCGUCCGGGUCAUGGGGCCGGUUCCUCGGGUUCUGGGCCGUGAUGACAAACGCGGUCUAUUCGUUCUCUGGGGUGGAGAGUCUGACGAUGGCGGCAGCCGAGAUGCAGAACCCACGCCAGAACAUCCCGCGCGCAUGCAAGCGCGUGUUUGUGCGAGUGACGGUGUUCUAUUUCAUCGCCGUGUUGAUUGUGGGGAUGCUCGUUCCGAGCAACGAUCCCCGACUGGGCAACGAGUCUGGCACGGCGUCGCAGAGUCCGUUUGUCAUUGCGGCUGCGGACGCGGGGAUUAAGGUCGUGCCGUCGAUUAUCAACGCCGUGGUGCUGAGCUCGGCGUGGUCGUCGUCUAACCAGAGUAUUCUCGCCGGAACACGCACGCUGUAUGGUCUGGCGCUGAAGGGACAUGCCCCGAAGCUGUUUCUGCGGACGACGAAGAACGGUGUGCCGUAUAUGUGUGCGCUGUUGCAGAUUGCCGUGUCGUGUCUGGCGUACCUGACCUGCUCGAAUGGCGCGUAUACGGUGUUUAAUUGGCUGUUGGACCUGACGUCGGCGGGAGUGUUGUUCUCGUGGGGCACGAUUGCCCUGAACCACAUCCGGUUGAUCCAGGCGUUCAAGGCCCAGGGGGUAUCGCCGCGCGAGUUGCCGUGGCAUAAUACUUGGUCGAUAUAUUCGUCCUUCUUUGCGCUUUUCAUGUGCGUGCUGAUCCUCUUCACUGGUGGGUUCACGGUGUUUACGACCGGAAACUGGUCUGCCUCGAGCUUUAUCUCGUCUUACCUGGACAUUCCUCUCGUAUUGGUGUUUUAUCUCGGGUGGAAAUUCUUCAAGAAGACGAAGACGGUUUCCCUCUAUGAAGUCCCCAUUCAGCAGGCCUUGCAUGAGGCCCGGGAGGAUGUGGAGAACGUUCCCGUUAAGAAGAGUAAAUGGUCGAGAUUGAAUAUCUUGUGGGGAUGA